AUGACACUUACGAUCACUAUCCCUAUGACCGAGUCUGACCAACCUAUCGAAAUGUGCCCCAGCGACGAUGGAGAUGAUGUCUUUGACAACAACGUUUUGAGGGAAGAUGCGGGGUUGGAUAUUGAAUUUAUCGAGCCAUACGUUACUGCGAAGGAAGCACUAUGGCUUGUGCCUGGGAUCGACUAUAUUGUUCAGAAUACGUUGAGGAGGAUGGAGAAAUCGUUCGCCUACAAUUCGGUCUACUUUUUGAAGGUCAUUCUUGAUCUCCAGGUCACCUACUUGGGCUUGGAUUCGUCGCCUCUUUCAGAUACACUGCUUGACACCAAGCUGGUGUUGCGUAUCGCUGAGCUGAUGGCUGGGAGAAUGGCACAGAAGGACAAGGACAACGCAUCACUAUCGAGAGAGCUUCAGCUCCGCACACUUGUUUCGGCGUUGUCACUGUUGUAUCAGGUCAGGCCUAGGAUCGAGAAGAUCAAGAACGAAACAUAUGCAAAGCUACUCAAGGAUAUAUCGGAGAGAGACACAGACAACCGCGCAAGAUUUGAGGCAGGAGAUGACGAGAAGCGCAAUAGUGGUGAUAUCGAGUUCCUCGUUCGAUACGCUUGCGAUCUUAUCAGGUGUUUGCCGAGUGAUAUCCCGAGUUUCAACGAUUUAAACACGCCAACAAUACAUUUCCUUUUUGCAGCGGGUUUUAUUAACCAACUAGAUGGUGAAACGACUCCAGAGGCCCUAGACAGUAUCUUUGCCAGAAUAAAAGCACCACCAUCAGAAUGGCACAAAGACAUGCGACAUCUUUACGAGGGGACCGCGGGUGCGAUUUCUCUCCAACACCAAGCGCAGUCCAGAAAUCCCACACGGGCAUGUCAGUAUGCACCUGUCUUAGCGGCGGAUAUUUCAAGAUCGAUCGUGGAAAGGGCCGAACAAGAGUUGUUGGCACUGAUCUCACAAGACGAAAUUAUAAGCGAGCCAAUCAGCACCCCUGCUGGGGUACUUCCAAAGCAUGAAGCCCAUCUAAUGAUAUCGGGUCUUUUGGAUUUACUAAACCAACUAGUUUCUGCGUUUCCUACUUCGGAGGAGAUUGUAGAGCAGGCGAGAGGCCUAUGUAUGAAGAUAAUACAAACCUCGGAGAGACCUGCAUUCAGAUAUAAGGCCUUUGAGAUCAUUAUAUCAUCUACCAUAGGCUAUACCGAAGCCGAAUACUUUGGGAUGAUGCGCGACCUAGAUUUGGUAAUUGAACAGUACUUUGGUGUUAUUAGUGGCCCGGUAGCAAGUGAUGAAAGAAACCUUCGGAUUGAGGAGCUUAAAAUAGAAAAACGGGAAACCAUGGAACGGUGCGAAGAGAAGACUGUCUUGUACAAAGGUGCGGUCGAGUCUAUGCAGCGUCGCAUUGAGAUUCUACAUUCCGGCACAAGAUCCGCUACUACUCCCUCUUACCGAAGUACCAAUAACAACGAUGAAGUUAUGCGUAGUAGCACUUGGGGACCGAUGGACGAUAAUGCCCGGUCUACCACCACGGCGAGUCCAGUUCCAAGCAGUAUUCCCAGUCAGGCUCCAACUUUAUCCAGUAUUGCACCGACUUGCGACUCCAAUGUUAGUCCUACAGAAGACACAUGUACCUUACUAAGUCCCACCGAUACUUUCCGUUCACUUCUUAGUCCUAUCUCAAGGCUUCAAAACUCCGACUCUCCAAUAGUAGAAUCUCCAAUUCUUCCACAUCUAUACCGAACUCCUAAGCUACCCCAGGGAAGCUUUCUUGCAAACGCACCAGUCACCCCUCAAGAAGCCAUUACCCCAGACUUUGAUGCUACUCUUCGUUUUGACCAUCUGGAUCAACUAUUCAGCGAAAGUUUGUUUGAAGAACCCCAAGAAGAGUAUCCGGAAGACGCCAACGUCUCCAAAGUAUCCUUUGAGCUCCCCAUCCAGUCUUUCGACGACCGCAAAUCCGCACUCUCCCAGCCUGUAUACAUUCGCCGCGAAGAGCAGUCCUCCGACUCGGAAGAAUACCAAUUCCGCAAACACUCCCACGACAGCCUCCACUAUAGACCUCCUGCUACAGACUUCAGCCAGAUGCAGCUCGAACCCCACCAACAACAGUCUCCAAUCUCCACCUACCCCGAGCCCUCCCUAUCACGCACGCCCUCCGGCCAGAGCGGCAUGGGCCGCUUUUCCCGUGCUAGCAGGAUCUUCUCUCGUCGUCCCGGUUCCCUAAUCGGCCGCAACCCACCGCGCUUCAGCAGCCUACAGCUCAACAAGCCACUCCCACCGCUCGACACAGCUGAGGAUGCGCCAGAGCCCGUAGAACCGAACGCACCACCGGUCAUUGUCGAGCCCGCACGCUCCCAGUCGGCUCUCGAAGUCCGCAGCGAGAAGCUGGACUUUAUGAGGAUGCGCAGCAACUCUGCGCUUGGGCAUGGAAGGUCAAUCAGCUAUGAGCCAAUGAUGCCGAUUUUCUCGGGCGUGGAAACGGUCCCGAUCAGGGCCUGGGACACGAUCGAGUAUGAGUCGCAGCCGUAUGAGGAGAUCUUCAAGGUCGCCCCGAAGGACAACUGCUUCACUGUGUUUCUCUCAGCAGAUGCGAAGUAUGCGGUGUUUAUGACUCCGCAUGGGUUCCAGGUGUUUACGAUCCCGAGGCCGGGGGAGACCUGCUCGACAAAGCCAAAGUUCACAUAUAAACUUGGUGAGGCGGAGGGUCUACGGAAGGGCAAGGUCACAUGGGGCUCCUACAAGGGCGGAGCGGCAUCAGAGAAAUAUGUUGUUACGAUCACUGGCAAGCGGGUCCAAGUGCAUGAUCUUGAGCAGGAAUGCAAGGUCAUCUUCACAGAGGAUAUGAACGCAUGGGAGUUUUCCUGCAUCGCCAUUGAGGCGGACAAGCUGGUGGCAGGAUUGACAAAGCCUCUCAUGGGCGAGAGCGUGGGCAUGGUCCGCAUCUUCCGCAUGAACGCACCAACAUACUCCGGACUACGCUGCGAGAAGCUGCGGGAUGUGCACCUUCCCAUCAACCCCAGAUCUCCCCGUGAUGCCCCGCACAUCCUCUCAAUAUCAAAAGACGGCAAUAUCCUCACCUGCGCGACCCCCAAGCACGGCUACUACUACUCAUGGAACAUCGCCAAAGCACGUAUAGAGGAGCCCACUCUCAUCACCAGCGGGCGUCUCAAGGCCACUGAGGGCUUUGGUUCCGAAACAAUCUCUUCCGCAGCACUCUUCCCAGACACCAAGAAUAUCCUCGUCAGCACAUUCCCCACCAGCCCCAACGAAGGAGACUGGAACGGCUCCUUCACCGAGCCCGUGGGCACCACAUUCAGCAAGCCGCAGUCGCGCCCCGUCCGGCAAGUCGGCCUCCGCGUCACCUCCACCGCUAUUGCGCCUCUCGGAAACGCAGCGGCGUUCCUGACGAAGAGCGGCACGAUCUGGGUCGCGCCUCUGGCGUACGUCGAGGACGAUGAGACGAACCUUACAUCCUUUUCGCCAACACACACAAAGGAGAGGCUGCAGAACCAACAGACGCCCGAGACCGCGGGUAGGAUGAUGUUUACGCCCGAGGGCGAUCGGCUGGUGGCGGUUGAUAGGAAGGGAAAGAUUUUGAGUCUCACGUUUAGGAAGACUGGGUUGUCGCCUGUGUUGGCGCCGCCGAUGAAGUUGGAUGUUGGCGGUUACUUCUAG